UCAAUUAUUUUUGGAUUUCUUUUGAUUUCUAGUAGUAGAGUGUUCCUAUUUCUAUACAGUAACAAUGUCAUGUCCUGUUGAUUAUUAGACGUUUAGAGUAGAUCCACUCGGAACUUUCGCGAUGUUGUGCCGCGUAACGUGUUUCUCUAUGAUCUCCGUGGCCAUAGCCAGCAUUCUACUGCUGGCUGUAGGUCCGAUGUCGGUGGCUAAUGCCCUGGACAUGAAUAGCGUCGCUCCACCGGUGGCUGUGACAAACUGCGGGCCAAUGAAGGGCACGUGGGAAGAUGGUGUUGCAGUAUUCAGAGGCAUACCAUACGCCAAGCCACCGACGGGUGACAGGCGUUGGAGGCCCAGUCUGAAGCUGGAGAAAAACAGCGGCUGCUGGGAGGGUACUCUGGACGCAACGAAAUUUGGAAACGUCUGCAUGCAACUGCAGACGCCGGACGGCAGCACAAAAAUCGGCAACGAGGACUGCCUCUACAUCAACGUGAUGACGUCACAGCGCACAUUUGAUGCCCAGCAACCAGUGGCGGUUUGGAUUCAUGGCGGAUAUCUGAUGUUCGGAUCAGGGGGUGAACCGGCCGGCUAUGCGCCGAACCCGGCCUUUACGAACAAUACCGGUGUAGUGGCUGUCAGUUUCAACUACCGACUGAACGCGUUUGGAUUUCUCUCGCUUGGUGUGCUGGACAAGGGGAGAGGCUCUGGCAACUACGGUUUCUACGACCAGAUACUGGCAUUGAAGUGGAUCCAGGAGAACAUUGCUGCUUUCGGUGGCGACAAAGAUCGAGUGACAGUGUACGGCCAGAGCUCCGGUGGCACUAGCAUUGUAGCUUUGCUUUCGUCGCCAAUGUCUGUUGGCUGUUUAGCGGUGCUGUCAUGAUGAGUGCAUCUACCACCAUCAACGCGUCUCUGGAGGAGGCCAAUCGCGCUAACCAAGGCUUUCUCAGUUCAAGCGGCUGCUCGACGGCUGAGUGCUUGCGAGAGUUGUCGGCGGAACGUGUUCUGGCCAUAACCCCAUUCAAUGUUUACCCUUACUGGAAUGGAGCGGAUUCAAUGGACCUGCCCACGUAUAAGUUGCUUGUCGGUCCGGUUACAGUUGUGGAUGGUGUGUUUCUGCCUUUGCCUUCCCUGGAUGCUAUAGCUCAGGGUAAAGGCCAUGAUGUUACUGUCAUCGUUGGCACAACAGGGCAGGAAGUCGACUUGCAGCCCACUGCAAACAUACAGAAUGCAAGCUGGGCUCAGUACGAGCAAUACGUCAGAAAGCACCUGGAGACAUUCCGCAAUGAUCCGCAUCACAACAAUACGAACGUACUCGGCGACGUGGAGCGUCUGUACCCGCACGACUUUGCAUCACCGCCCAGCGGUGGUACGUGCGUGACCGGCACACCGGAAUAUCUGCUCACCAGUAUGAUCUCGGACAUCAGAGUCACCUGUCCUUCCGUUCUCCUAGCACAGUACUAUGCAAAGUAUUUCAAGUCGCCAGUCUACAGCUACGUAGCUGUGCAGUGCCCGUCAGCUACGGCCCGUGAAUUCAAAUCUAGAUACGCGUAUCAUACUUGGGAUGCUGACUUGCUAUUCAACCUGUCAUUUCCACCCAAGCCCGGCUUCAAGCCAGAUGCCAAAGACUGGGAACUGGUGACUAUGAUGCAGGCCUGGUUCUUUAAAUUUGUCCGCGGUGAAGUGCCCCAUCCGCAGUGGAAGACCGCCGAGCACGGGACAUUCUCUCUGAUCUACGAGCCUGAGAUGCGCGACUGGUAUCAUGCAGAGCAGUGUAACUAUUUCAAUGCGCAUGGCUUCCUGCCGUACCGAUGGCAAAACUAGGAGAUGCGGGCUGUAAGUUAUCUGCCAAAUAUGGGACAAGUUGCCCCCGCAAGAAGGCUGCGGCCAUGUUGGAUGCAUAGGUGCCAUUAUUAUGGUCUAACGAAGUCUGCUGAAGAUUCGGAUGUGAUUUUAUUUGAGCCGCAGGAUGAACUUUGUAUGAACUUUGCUUGUCUGUAAUAUAUUUUGUGAAAUCUACGCAAAUACGGCUAUCUCAAGUCUCUAUGGCCUUGAUGCCAAUCACUAUCUCACACAAUAAUUGAACCAGAGUGUGCAACUCCACGUUUAUCAAGAAAUUUUGAAUAAAAGUGAAAUGUGCUAUAAGUAGUACAUGAACUACCACGUUA